UAGUAUUUUUCAUUUUCAAUAUCUUACCAUAUAAACCCAUAACAAUCUACCAUUUUUUCAAACCAAACUUGCAUCUCCAAAAUCAGAAACAAAGUAAUAAUAAUGGGUUCCGAAACUACCCCUGAGCUUCUAGUAGUAGACUUCAACAAUCCAGAAAUGAAGCCAGGCUCAAAUUCUUGGUCAUCUGCCUCCAAAAACAUAAGAGAAGCAUUUGAAAACCAUGGUUGUUUUGUAGCAUUAUAUGACAAAAUCUCACCCCAACUCCACAAAUCCUUCCUCAAAGCAACUGCUGACGCGUUCAAUCUUCCCGUCCAAACCAAAAUCCGAAACAUCAACGAAAAACCCUACCAUGGACACAUUGCUCAAAUUCCCAUGGCACCCCGCCACGAAGCCUUAGGCAUCGACUACGCAGACACUCUCGAAGGAGCUCAGAGCUUCACCACUCUCAUGUGGCCUCAGGGCAACCAAUCUUUCUGUGAGACCAUGAUGAGCUUUGCAAAGACGGUCGCAGAGCUAGAUAAAAUGGUGGUGGCUAUGCUGUUUGAGAGCUACGGCGUGGAGAAGCACACAAAGUCAUAUGGCGACGCGACCACUUAUCUUCUCCGGUUGAUGAAGUAUGGGGUCCCAGACGAGGGAGAGAAUACGUUGGGUCUUCCGCCACACUCGGACAAGAGCUUCAUCACCAUACUCUAUCAAAAUCACAUCUCCGGCCUCCAAACUAGGGCAAGAGACGGGCAGUGGAUUAAUGUCCAGUUCCCGCCCGCCUCUUUUGUAGUCAUGGCCGGAGAUGCUUGCAAGGCGUGGAGUAAUGAUCGGGUGCUUUCUCCGAUCCACAAAGUUACGAUGGACAGUGAGGGAAAGGAAACAAGAUACACAGCUGGGCUGUUUACUUUCGUUACCAAGACUGUGGAAGUUCCAGAGGAGUUGGUUGAUGGUCAACAUCCUUUGAAAUUCAAACCCUUCCUUCACAUGGAUUUGCUCAAGUUUUACGAAACAGAACAAGGUCGUCGAUCCCAGAAUCUGCUCCAAGAUUUUUGUGGUGUUUGAUUAAAGUAACCAUGUAUUUUUAUAUUUAUGGUGAUUGAACUGCAAUAAGUCAAAUAUUGUGUGUUUGAUUUGGUGGUUUAUAUAUCAAAGUUAAUGUCAGUUUUUUGCUUCUA